GGAACUGAAUCAAGAAGUUGCACAAGAUCCCAGAAGUUGCACAACAUCCCUUAAAGGGAAGAAGUAAACUGGAGUUGCACAGACUGAGGAUAAGAAGGCAACCCAGUACCUAAUAAUCACGAACAGAAAGGACAGAAGACAUCGAUUCCCAGCCAGAGCUUGUGAUCGUAACUGCAAUGGAGGAGCUGACAUACGAGGAGUCCAUCAGGAGAGCCAGCAAAACACUCUGCCGCUUCCCCCUGAGGAGCGUCAGGGGCAUCCCAUUAAUGGAGCCCAUUGCUCAGAGUUGGGAAUCAAUCUGGUCCUUCUGUCCUGACCCCUCUGAUCUUCUCAUCUCUACAUACCCCAAAGCAGGAACGACAUGGACUCAGGAGAUAGUGGACCUGUUGCUGCAUAAUGGAGAUGCUGAAGCUUGCAAAAGAGCAACUGUGGCUGUGCGGAUACCCUUCCUUGAGAUCAUCUCCCCACCCCCAAUCCCCUCUGGUCUGGAUCUCCUCAAUAAAAUGAAUCCUCCUAGAGUAAUCAAGACCCAUCUCCCAAUCCAGCUGGUACCUGAAGGAUUUUGGAAAAACAAAUGCAAGGUGAUUUAUGUGGCCCGAAAUGCUAAAGAUAACCUGGUGAGCUACUACCACUUUGACAGGAUGAACCAUACCCAACCUGAUCCAGGUCCCUGGGAUGGCUACAUCCACAAGUUUAUGAAGGGAGAGUUGGCCUGGGGCUCCUGGUAUGACCAUGUGAAGGGCUACUGGGAAGAGAGAGAAAAUAGGAACAUUUUAUAUCUGUUUUACGAAGACAUGAAAGAGAAUCCUCGCCAUGAGGUGGAACGCAUCAUGAAGUUCUUGGAUCUGUCGCUUUCUGAUGAUGUCAUAGGGAGCAUUGUGGAGCUCACAUCAUUCAAGGCCAUGAAGGACAACCCAAUGACUAACUAUACUUUUCUGCCGGAGGAGAUCUUUGACCACUCUGUUUCACCUUUCAUGAGAAAAGGUGAAGUGGGUGACUGGGCCAAUCAUUUCUCCUCAGAGCAGCUGCAGUUAUUUGAAGAAGAUUAUGAAAGACAAAUGAAAGGCACAAACAUUCCUUUCAGGAUGAACAUUUAGCUCAGGGGUGGAGAAUUUCCUUAUAUUCCUUGUUUUCCAGAGAAGAUAAAGGGAGUGAAGAUGGGUGAAGUGGGUAGUAAGUCAAGAAGACACUGGAUUUUGAUCUAUGUUCAAAACAAUACUGUCACAUCUGUCUUCCAUUUGUAGUCAGGUAUGUGAGUCUGGUCUGUUUGUUCUUGCUGUGUGCCAGUGGUGACUGGCUCUAACUCUUAUUCAAACAGAGCAGUGAGUGCUAGUCACUGCUCAGUCGUCAUCAUUGCUCUUAGUGUGUAGAGAUAAGAACUUUGAUUAGUUUAAAGUCUCAUUCAUGGAGCUAUGGUUUUGUUUGUUUGUGUUUUACUCCUGAGCUUUGGUCAGAAUUGUAGUUCUGGGUGCCAGAAUCUCAUAACUGAGUCCAUGGUUCUGGAUGGGCAACAUCUUGUAUUGAGUUUGCUGGUCUUAGCUGGUGUUUAUUUCAUGGUCUGGAUUAGCUGGAAUACCACAGCUGGUGUGCCAGGCAACUGGAAUUUUGUUUGUAGGUUUGUUGUACGUUAGUCAGCACCCAUCCCACCCUGCCCUUUGUGUCUCCUCCCUGUUUGACCAGCAGGUGUUGCUGGCCAUCCUGUCCUCCUCCUUUUCUCUUGCCUUUCAGCCCCAGUGUGUCUAUUUUCUAGUGUGUUGUACUCGUUUCCCAAACUGCUGCAUAGCCCAGUAGGUUCAGUGUGUGGCUUAGAGACUCUGAACUCUCUGGCUGUGGGUUCAAGGGUGGCUUCAGACCAGCCUCAUCUGUUUAUUGGUUUUUUCUUUUCUGUUUUCCCAGUUAUAGGUUGCCCUGCUGUUUUCCUGUUCUUGUUUGUAUUAUUUGGUUCUGUAAAUUAUCCUAGUGUAGUAAUUCCCAUUGUGGUUUGUGUUUCAGAAUUUCAGUGUUUGUUAGAAAUCCCUAGUUCUGUGCUUAUUGUUGUAACUCACCCCACCUGUUGCUUGUUUCUCUGUCUCUGUUAAUUGAUUAAUUAUCAUGUUCCACACCUGCCCUCUCAUUAGUUGGUUACCUGUUUCUAUUUAAGUGCCCGUGCCUUCUCUAUCCUUUAGUAAGUCAUUGAGUGUGGUGUGUCCCUGCAUGUUGUAAGUGAUGUCCCCUUGGUUUUCGGUAAUGUCUUGUUUCUUUAAUAAACCCCUUAUUGUCUUAGAGAGGCUAAGUGGAUCGGCACCUUCAUUCCUGUCUGUGCCAUGCCCCACCAUAACAGUCGUUAUCUUGGUUUUGUGUUUAAGACCCAUUUCCGGUUUCCUCUGGCCUGUUUCCUGUUUUUCCAGUCUUCUGUGCCUGAAUCUGCCUUUUGAGUCCUGGGUUAGUCCAUCCAGUCAGCAGCCUGUUUGGUUACCUGUUUCCUGCAGUGAGCUGCUUUAAGGUCUCGGGGGCCAGUGGGCAAAAGACCUGACAUUAUGGAUGGAUGGCCCAGUUUGGGGUACUCUGUUUUGGAGUCUUAUUGUGAAAGGCAUUGUUGUGUGUGGUGUUGGGGGUUUUUUUUUUUUUUUUUUUAAACCAAGCACUUGUGACAGAAAUUGUUGAAACUGAUCUUGUUUGAAAGAAAUUAAACUAAAACAUUUAAUUUUAUGUCUAACACUCAUUCAUAGUAAUUAUUCUGAUUCAAGAGGUUUUCUCAUAUAGCCACUAUGCCAUGUGAAUAUAUUCCUCAUAUGUAUUCACCAACUUCAAACAGCACAACUGACAAAUUAAGUUAAUUUUAUAUUGAAUCAAUAGUAAAUAUGAGUAAUUAACUACAUAACAUAUUGACUGAAGUAUUUAUGGUGACCAAUAUGAUACUAAUUCGGCUAAAUUAUUCUGUUAAUGAGCUUGAACAAAACCUUCGUGGUUCUCUAUUACUUGUCUGUGCAGUUAACUUUGGUACUGCGAUUGCUUAAGUGUAAUUUCAAGUCGGUAAUAUUAUCUUGUUCUCGUGUUACCGCAUACUUUUUCUGGUAAAACUGGUUUCGCGUCUUGUCGUUCAUCUUCACCCGACUUCCUCGUGCUGCUUUUAUGUGAUAAAGAUACCAGUGCCCUAAACGGUGAAUGAACUCGAAUGCUAAGGUCAGCCGAUUCAACGCCGAUUGGUUCGUAUGCUUCGCAAACUCAGAACUGAGCCAAUCGCCUUCGAGCGAUUAUAAGAUUAUUGUAAAAACGUAUCUCACUCAUAUAAAUGCUUCGGUGAACUAAGUUAAUGACCAGGAGAAAGAAGAAACAAAACGGUAGGUAUAAAGAUAUUGGCGACUACUUUUCCAACAUGAUCACGUAAUCAAAAUGUUUGCUAAAGUUUAGAUGGACAUAUAACUUUUUCUUCCUGAUUUACUGUAGUACUCCUUAAAGCUAUCGCAAUUCAUGUAAUGAAUGAAAGAUAAUACUGUAUGCUAAAUGAGAAAUAUAAGUAUCCAUUAAAUACCUGAAAGGGAAUUUGCAAAGAAGACUAGUCGGUUAUUUCAGUAGAAAUACAGUUAGUAUACAUGAAAUUCAAUACAUCCAUCUUAUCAGAUUUCCAGACCGCUUAUCCAGUGCAGAGUUGCUGUUUAGUUAAUACACAUUUAUUAGGCUACCAAUUACAGUUGUUAGGUGGGCCCGAUGCAUGUCCUCCAAUAAUUAUUUACACUAGAUCGCCAGCAUUAAGAAGCAGAAGACAAUUUUGAAAACAGAUGUUAGUUAUGCAAUGCUUUGCAGUUACAUUUUACAGUUUUACCAAUACAGUAAUACAAUAUAGUCAUCACGGUUAUAGUGAUCAACCACUUACAAUAGGCUACAUGGAUCAAAAGCUCGGGACAGAAUCAUUGCUGUACAAAUACUGUUUAAAUAUUUCGCUUAUAGUAAUCAAGUAGUCCACUUAGAGUGUUUGUUUUGGGUCUUUUUAAGCAUGAGACUUUGAUCGCCCUACUUUUCCUUGUAGUAACCCGUCUGCUUCUGCCUAGCUACCUAAGGCUAAUUCUGAAUGCAUAGAAAACAUGAUGGGGAAAAAGAAAGUCAUUUUCUCUCAAUGACAAAUAUAGACUCACCAAAGCUAAUCGCCAAAAACGAGCCACUGAAAUUAUAGCAGCGAAACUACAGUAAGCGCUAUGAUAGUGUAGCAUUGUGAAAAUGCACUGUAUAAAUUGUAUUGAAAAUUGUGUACAGUACUGUACUGUAUUAUAUGGUAUUCGAAUUAUGCACAGUUCCUCAUUUAUUUCGUACAGUAUUGUAAAUUGAAAAGCAUUUGAAACAGCUGUUCUCUAUUUUUAAAUUGUCAAUAAAAUUAAGUAAAUAGCGA